CUGUAAUAACCAAUCACGGGGAAGAAAUUUCUUAAAGGGGCAGGUCCUUCUGGGGUGCAGAAAACAAGGAAGGAAAUUGUAUGGAGAGAACAAGGAAUAUAAGGAAACAACAUUCAGAUGAGUCAUAGUUGGUCUCCUCGGUGUCCAGACUGUGCCACAAAUACUGGACCGUUCUCUCUGGAGAGACACUUUUUUCCGUGAAGACGCUCCAUGGUAUGGCAAGGGGAUUCCUGGUCCGGACAGUUGCUGUCGUUUCUCUCACUGUGACUCUGUCUGCUGUUGCUGCUAAACCUCCUUCCUGCCGGCAUUUCUAUCCACUGCUCCCAGCUGCCAAGAAUCUUGCCUUCAGCCCCUCUUCAGGACACGUAUUUCACAGCUGCACUAUUAAAAUGUCUGCCUGUAGAAAUUGGAAAGAAAAGGUGCAUAUCAAAGCUAGGACCUCGCCAUAUCCAGGAUCGAGGGUCGAACGCUGUGAAGUGCCCAACAAUAAAGUGGCCUGGUCAGUUGACUGGAAAGACUACUGCCCUGUGGAAUAUACAGCUCCCUCCGUUUUGGCAGGGCCCCAGUGGGCAGAUCCAGAGAUUGGGGCUAAAGAUUUCUCCCCAAAGUUCAAUGAAAUGGAUGGGCAAGUGGACAGGAGGAGCCUGAAUGGUUUAUAUGUCAUGGAAAAUGGAAGGCCCAGGAAUCCUGUGGGCAGGACAGGAAUCGUGGGCCGAGGCCUCUUGGGACGCUGGGGACCAAAUCAUGCUGCAGAUCCUCUUAUAACUAGGUGGAAGCAUGAUGGCAGUGGUAAUAAACUGGCUCACCCAGUAUCUGGAAAAGACAUCUUGCAGUUCAUUGCAAUCAAAAGGAAGGAUUGUGGUGAAUGGGCCAUCCCAGGGGGAAUGGUAGACCCAGGGGAGAAGUUAUCUGCUGCAUUAAAACGAGAAUUUGGUGAGGAGGCUUUGAACUCCUUACAGAAGACGCCGGCUGAGAAGGAGGAGAUGGAGGAGCAACUCAACAGGCUUUUCAACCAGGAAAAUUUUGUGGUAUAUAAGGGAUAUGUGGACGAUCCACGGAAUACAGACAACGCUUGGAUGGAGACAGAGGCAGUCAACUACCAUGAUGAGUCUGGUGAAGUAAUGAAUAAGUUACAUCUCGAAGCAGGAGACGACGCUGGGAAAGUAAAAUGGGUUGACAUUAGUGAAAAGCUUAAGCUGUAUGCCAGCCAUGCCGACUUCGUCAAGCUUGUCGCAGAGAAAAGAGGAGCGCACUGGAGAGGAGAUCCCUAAUUUUAUCGGCCCUGAUGGAGACUCACAACAAAAACCUAAAUAUGUCAGAUGGAAUUGUAAAUGUUUAUACUAUUUCAAGGGAAACAUAAUUGAUAAAGGAAGCUAAGUCCUGUUAUUUUAACAGGAGACACUUAAAUAUGUGUUUACUUCUUCUACUAAAAUCAACAUACUCUUCUCUUUUUUUGUAUUAUCAAGUCAUUAGAUAAAACGCUUCCUCUGUCUAUUAUGUCCAGGAAGAAAUUUGUGAGCAAGGAUUUAUUUUGUUGUGAUUCAAAAGCAUUUUAAAGCUGCCUUUACAUUACAUUUACAACUGCAAAUGUUUCCAUGAUUCUCAGAGACUGGAAAUACUUUGCUGUUUACAUGCUUCCAAAAGGGUAAUGAAAAUGUUUUAUAUCAUUUAAAAUAUGAUUGAUACACUUCCUUUUCUGUUGCGAUUGCCAGAUUGUUUAAUGAUCACUUUAAUAAUAACCACUAGAAUCUGGAUUUCAACUUCAUCAGACAAACCAGCAACUAUGGCAAUUGUCUUAUGUUAUCAGAGUUACAUAUUUUUAGAGAUGGGGAAAAAAAUCCUCACAAAAGAAAAACCUCAUGUAGAUUUCAACUAAGAGGCCCUGAUCUGAAAUGGAAAAGAAAGCUGGAAAAAAAUAAAUAAAACAUACUGGGAUCUAAAGGAAUCCUGCAUAUCAAUGUGCAUGGCUUAGGGAUGGUUUCUGAUAAAGCUUUUGCUCAUUAUGCUAUACAGAAUCAAAGCACUCCUGACGUAUUAUUUUAGUGAUUGAAAGGCACCCAGAAUCUCCAGGAAGCAUGCUGCCCUUUGAAUCCUUGUCAUACAUGUUAUUUGUCUGAAACCACCAGCAGUUUUAUAACCUGUUUCCAAGUUCUUACGACUUCCAGGACCAAAAAGUCCCUUGUGCCUCUUUGAAGGUUAGCUUUACCCCUUUGCUAUUGUUGAGAUGUCUUCAUGGUGCGACAUGUUUAAGAAGUCAUCUUCCUUUCAACACUAACCUGGAUGCUUUAUAGAUGGGUCAAAUUUUGCAGCGUAUCACCGAUAAUGCAAAAUUGUGAUGCCAAUAAAUGCUCAAAUGGUGCA